AUGCUAGACACUACUAGCUAUGGCUCAAAGCCCCUACAACACGACGCAGAGACAUUCCAAGUCGCAAAAGAGCUCAUCUUGCUAAGCCAUCGACCGUCAUCGGACAACGUGAUGAACAUUACAAUGAAUAAUAACUCGCCCUCCACUAUUUCUGACUUUUUUAAACAUGACAUCAUCAAUUCGCGUUGCGAUAUUUCACACUUGGAGCUUCUGAAGGAACAUCGCGUUCGCUUUCGUCGCGUCCGUCGACGAUGGAAUGUCGAGCAGCGCACCAAGAAACAACAGUAUCUUGCCCGCUUCCACGUCCAAGGCAUCCCUCUUAUGCACAUCUUGAGACACUUAGUCACUGACAGUAGCGUACCAAGCACUCCGAAGCACAAAAACGAAGAAAGGAAACACCUAAAGCGACAGGGGCUCGGCAACACGACAGCGCAGAACCAACAGAAGGACACGACGGCGCUCGAGAUUGCAGCCAACGAGGCGCUGUUUGGCCAGACAGGAAGUGGCGCCGACGACCCGUGGGUAAUGGGACUAUCCUCGACUAGUGGCACCCCGUGGGGUGCAUCCGAUCCAGCAGCUUCCAACUGGUUUAGCGUCACAGGAGAUUUCACUCGUGGUGGUGGUAACCACAACCCGCGCAGUGGCAAAUGUCGUGGCAAUAUAGUGCAAAUGCCACAAGCGACAGGGGCAUCGCAUCAUUUGCCAAAUCGAAUGAAAAAUUCUUUAACGAAUGGAAAUAACGCCAUAUCCACGCCUUAUUUUCACCAUUUUUUGGACCGCAACAGCAAUAAUAAUGCGACAAAUUCGUUGCUUUUGAACCCAGAGAUUAUGUCAUCAUCAACCUAUACAACAACCAAGAGACCACGUGCAACGACCACCAACAAUAGCAGUUUUUUAUCCCCUUUUGUCGUAUAUCCACCACCUCCAUUCGAGCCGGACCGUUUUUUGCCAGAUUAUAACGCCAAUUGGGGUUUAAUCAGUCGAAAUGGUACAAGAAACAAUACCAAUUGGACGUCAUCGAAUGCUCUUAUACCCAAUAUAAACAGCACUACGUCAAAUGGAACAGGCAUUGGGUCACCAAAUGGUACCUCAACAAUUAUGGACUCUUUUCUACCUGAUUAUGACUCGACCCUCUAUUCACUCUGGAGCGCUCCUGGAGGCAGUAGUGUGAUGGGUUACGAGACAGACACUGAAGCAGCUCCAAGUCAACAACAACCGGUCCAACCGCCACUAUAUUUGGUGUCCGAUGAUGAGUUAAAGAUGGAUUCUUCUUAUCCUCAAUUGCCUGAAUUUAAUCAGGAUUUGGAUUCGUAUUUAAAUGAUACAAUUGAAUCAGGUGGACCAUCACCUACGACGCCACUUGGUACGUCUAUUGCAAAUAGUGGGAUAAAAAUGGACCAGUUAGUGACAACAGACAGGAGACUGAACAGUCGGGAGUCACAGCUAGAGAUGUUGCUAGCACCUACAACUACAGCAGAAUCUCUUGUGAAGAGAGAGAGAGCUACAUUAGGACUGGAAAGUUGGACUGGACGCUCGACAAAUAGAUUUCGUGGAGGGCACAAUAAGGCGUACACUUUAGCAAAUACCACUGACACUAUGGUUGAAGCAGUCUCGAGCGGGAUUACAAAUUCUUUACGGACUAUAUCUAGGAAUUCAACGAUGGAAACAAAACAACGAGUGACAGUGAUGCCGUCUUUGGCCUCGUAUCAGAGUGGACCGAUGUCAAACUCAUCGAAAAGUCAGAUGGAAGGAAGUUCAAUUGGGACUGUAACUUUAACAACAAUAGUCACGUCACCAUCUUCAAGCACUUCUGAUGUGAAAAAUGGAAAGCGUCCAAGAAGUCGACAGUGUGAAUUUCCAGGCUGCCAGAACCGAGCACGGUCGCAUCAAAAAUGCAAGAAACAUGGAGGUGCGCAUCAGUGUGUAUUUGAAGGAUGCACGAAAAACAGUCAGAGCCGCGGGUUGUGCAUCGCGCACGGCGGUGGCUCUCGGUGCAAGAAGGAGGGUUGUGUUCGUGCUGCUCAGUCGAAAGGCUUGUGCAAAUCACAUGGUGGCGGAGAGUACUGUGCCGUGGACGGAUGUAACAAGAAAGCUCAUUUGAAGCACUUGUGUCGGACACACGGUGGUGGCGUGCGCUGUAAGCUUGAGAAAUGUUCGAAGUGGGCACAACGCAAAGGCUGGUGCAUGGCACACGCGAAAGAAUUUGCAGCGCCAUGA